AUGUCGAAGACGGUGGAUUUAGAAUUAAAGAAAGCAUUUAAGGAAUUGCAACAAAAAAUGCUGGAAACAACGCAGCAGCUAAAAGUUGCAGAUGCCAGGAUAGAAGUUCUGAAGCAAGGUAUGAGACACACGCAGCUCACAGGAAAGGAACUUAGCAGCAUGCCACCCGAUACAAAAAUGUAUCAAGGAGUGGGUAGAAUGUUCGUCUUGACUGAUGUAAACGAAAUUAAAACGUCGUUGGACAAGAAACAUGAAAGUUACUCCCAGAAAAUUAAACAGCUGGAAAACAAUAAAAUGUAUUUGGAAAGGAAUUUGAAAGACAGCGAAAAUAACCUCCGAGAAAUGAUUCAGCAACGUAAAGAAGCUGGAGACACCAACUGA